GUUACGCGAAAAAUAGCAAUUCAUGGGACUUCAGCCUCAAGCUCAAGAUAUUUUUCACAAUAUUUUUGAAAUGUUGGAAUAUUGUCCAAGUGAUAUAAAAAAAUCUUUACAAUGUUUCUUUAAUAUUGCACUGCAAUAUGCAACGUUAUUGCAAGCUUUUGUCCAAUAUGAGUACUAGAAACGGACAUUUAAAUGGUUGUGUAAUGCACGUACGUAAGAUAAAUUGAUUAAUCACGCGCAGUAAAUUUGCUCCUUGUAGUUGUGUUGGUUGCGUUUAUUUACGUCGUUUUUCACGAAUCACGAAAUUUCAUUAACAACGUAUGUCAAUAAGAAGAGGUAUGGCUCUAAAAGGAAUUAAGGUCUUAGAGUUAGCUGGACUCGCUCCAGGACCAUUUUGUGGAAUGAUUUUAGCAGAUUUUGGGGCAUCUGUUAUCAGAGUAGAUAAGAUUGGACCUCAAACAUUUGAAGAUUGCUUAGGUCAUGGAAAGAGAUCAAUAGCAUUAAAUUUGAAAUCUGAGAAGGGUAUUAAUGUUUUCAAAAAAUUAAGUAACCAAAGUGAUGUUAUUAUUGAUACAUACAGAAGAGGUGUCAUGGAAAAAUUAAAGAUUGGACCAAAAGAACUUAUGGCAACAAAUAAGAGACUGAUAUAUGCUAGAUUGACUGGAUAUGGUCAAAAUGGUUCUUAUGCAGAUAUGGCUGGUCAUGAUAUCAAUUAUUUAGGUUUAUCAGGAUUACUGUCUUUGUUUGGCCGAUAUAAUGAGAAACCGAUACCGCCUGCCAAUUUGGCUGCUGAUUUUGGUGGUGGAGGUUUAAUGUGCGCUUUUGGAAUAAUUUUGGCAUUGUAUGAACGAACUAAGAGCAACGCAGGACAAGUUGUAGAUGCAUCAAUGGUAGAAGGAUCAGCAUACCUUGGAUCCUGGUUAUUCAGAUCUCAGAAAACAGGUAUAUGGGAAAAUCCGCGUGGUAAAAAUAUAUUGGAUACAGGAUCACAUUUUUAUGAUACAUAUGAAACAAAAGAUAAGCGUUAUAUGUGCGUUGGAGCGCUAGAACCACAAUUCUAUGAAAUAUUCUUAGAGAAACUUGGUCUCUCGAGCGACGAAGUAACACAGUACAACAAUUUUGAAGAAAAUCGUCGCAGAAUCACGGAAAUCUUUAAAACAAAAACUCAAGCGGAAUGGUGCGCUAUCUUUGACGGCACUGAUGCAUGCGUAACACCGGUGCUAAGUUUGAAAGAUGCCACAUUACAUGCCCACAAUAAGCAGAGGCAGACAUUUACAACAGUGAGGGAUGAUAUAAUUCCAAAUCCUUCACCUCGCUUAUCUCGCACACCUGGUAUUUCUCAUGGAACUCACAAAAACCCACAAGCCGGUGAAGACACCAUACAAAUAUUAACUGAAUUAAAAUUUCAGUCUGAUGAAAUCGACGAUUUAUUGUCAAACGGAAUUGCUUAUCAAGUACAGCGCACUUCUAAACUUUAAAGCCAAAUAAUAUUAAGAAUUAAUAUGCAUAUAGAAUUCCAAUAAUUUGAUAUGACGAUAUUUCAUUUAAAAAAAUGGUUUUUUGCAAAAAGCAAUAUUUGUAGUAAACAGUACAAGAGCAGUCAGCAUUUUGAGAAUCACGUGGCACAUAAACAUCUACAAAUAAUACAAGAAAUAUAUACACAAAGGAAUUAGACGUACAGAUUUAUUUUUGUAUUUCGUGUUGGAUGUAGAAAUAUGUACAAAAAGAAAUUGGACGUACAAAUUAUUCCCAUAUUUCUUAUUCGAUAUAAAACAUUCUGAGAUAAGUUGCGCUGUUAAUAAUUGUAAAAUUAAUAGAUUUCGCGGAAUAAUUAUCUUAAGAGAUUUGUAUUUAAUUUGCUGAUUUAACUUGAUACCAAGUCGAUAUCUUGUCUUAUCUAACUGCAUUUCUUGUACAGUAUCUCUUCUUUUGUAGCUUAAAAAAGAAAAAAAACGACUCGGAAUCUGGUCGAGUCUGUAAAUCGAAUACGAUAUUACACAUACUUAUACAACCAUCAUAAUCUAAAAGUUUUUUACAAGUAUACAAAGAAAUGAUACAGGCGUAAAGAAAGAAAACAAUAGAUAUUGUGAAUAUUAAUAUAUCUUCUAAACUAAAUCAUUUACAUACAUUUGGAUCAACAUUAAAAAUUAGAUUAGUACUUACAUAGAUUAUUGUAAUAAAAAAAAUUUAUAUAUAUAUAUAUAUGUAUAUAUUGUAAUAUUAAUUAUACAUCACACAUGUGAUAUACAAAUGUGUUGCGUUGUGUGUGUAUAAUUAUUUAAAUACCAUUUUUAAUCAAAUUUAUAUCAAGAUUACACAAUUUCAAUUUACUAUCAUAUCUAUCAGAUUUAAUAUAUAUUAAAAUAUGCAUACUUUUUCAAGAAAUACUUAAAUCCUUCUUUCUAGCAUUUUAUAUAUUAUUUUUCUCCUUUUAUAUAUUGUAUUAAAAAAUUCAAUUUAUAUAAUACGUCAUAGUUUAGCACAAUUAAGGCAGAAAAGAAUGAAAAUAGAAUUACCAAAACCAUUUUACUAAAUUAUUAAAAUUUUACCAAAAUUAUACCAAAAAAUAUUUUUAUUUUUCCUUUUCGUGCUAACCAAUUUUAUAAAAAAAUAAAAAACACAAUUAAUUAGACUAAAAAAAUAAUAUAUUAUAAAAAUUGCAUAGAGAGAUAAAAGAAAUUUAUUUUAAGUAUGUCUAAUAGCGUAUUCGAUUUGUUAACUCGACCCGAGUUAAAGUCAAUUAUUUUUUUAAGCAUUUCUUGCACAGUUUAUCUUUCAUUUUGUUAUAAAAGAAACCACCAACACGGAAUCGUAUCGAAUACACUAUUAUUCUGCUGCAUUGUUAGAAUCUUAAAAUAAACCGUUCUUUUAUCUUUUUAUAUGUAGUUUUUAUAAUAAAUAUCUUGAUAUCAUUUGCUUAUAUAUGUGUAUAUAGUAAUUAAUUUUUGUAAAAUUAUGUAGAUAAGCAUAUAAAAAGCGUUUAUAUUUUUUAUAUCUUUAUUAAUAUAGCUUUAAUUUUAUAGAAUGAUCUAAGAUUUUAUAGAAAUCUAUAUGAAAUCAGUGAACUAUAUAAUUUCACUAUAACAUAUAGAUAGAUACUCUUUGAUCCCCAUAAGGCUAUAAGUUACAAAAUACAUUGUACACAAUUCGCUAACUUAA